AUAGCGGCCAUGCCAUGUUGGUGCGCCUACUGGAGCUGAAGUUGGCAGUCAUGGCUGUGCUUCAGGAGGAUUCAGCGCACAAGUCGCUCCUUCUAAAGGACCACCAGUGGACGCUUGCGCAGGAGGUUGUCGACACCCUCGGACCUGCAGCAACAGCAACAACUCUCCUUGGCGGUGAGAGGUAUUGCACGAUGUCUUUGCUGCUGCCGAUUGUUUCGUCCCUCCACCGUGCAUGGCAGCGGGAAAGUGAUGCUGACGAUGCCACACUUGCGAUUUCUUCCUUUCGUGCUCGUCUGGUUGAAGAGCUGGAGGAUAAAUUCAGCAUCGCUGCAAUAGACGCUCUGUCUCUGCCAAGCUUGUCCUCGGCCAUUGACCCGAGAAGCCUGCUGUUGGGAUACCUUGACAGUGACGAGGACAAGGCUGCCGUCAAGCUGGAAUUGAAGCGCAUGGCUUCGAGCAUUGCUGACCUCUCCAGCAUGUCAGAUGAUACAGAUUGUUCAAUUGAGCCUGUUGCAAAGAAGCCAUGUCCAUCUGAUGCCAUGGACUUCUUCUUUGGUGCUGAUAGCACCUCAUCUUCUAAGUCAGGUGACGUGGAGACAGAGGUAAGCACUUACUAAGCAUACCUUCUGUGUAUUCAUGAAAAUAGUCUUCAUCCAGUGCAUGGUGACAGUCAAUUUUUUCUGUGCACAUUUCCAAUUUCACAAAUAAAGCCUGG